GGAGAGGGAGAUGUGAUUGAAUUGUUUGCUUUUCAGCAGACAUGGGCUUCACACCCAUUCCAAGAAAAGAGGCUUUUUGUAGUUGCAGCGAUACCCCGCGCUAUUGGGCAUAUGCGGCUCAUGGCACGGCCAGGCCAAUCUGCUCGCCUAUAGUUGCGGCACGCCAUCACAAGUUGUGUCCUUAUCAGGUAUGGUAUGGUUCCUUUGGUACGCGAAGAGGGCCGCGGAAAACAAAGAGACGGGGUCGGCUAAACUAGAACUAGCUCUUGGCAAGCUAGCUACGUAAGUAACCUGGAUGUUGGGACGCUGCCUGCAGGUCUCUCCCAUGCACGACUCUGACGACCCAACUGAAGCCCCAGAAUGUGACGCUACGGCCUUUUUUCUCUCAUCACAUAUCCAAUUAACCCCGGGGAACUGGGGCCCUCGCUACUCACGUCCAUGCCGGUUGCCCCAGUCAUAGUAGCCUGUAUAUCAGUUCGCAUUGACCUCGAUCCCGACAAGCACAUCAUGCACGAUUCUUCAUCCUGCUAGAUCACCGACGGUGAAGCACUGCUGCCGAAUACAAGAGCCCCCCUGAAGUUCACGUCAUUUGUCAAAAAGGCAGGGCUCUGCUGGACCCCUUCGUCCUCUUGUGGUCGGCAUACUUCUCAGCCACUAAACGGCAGUGCGCUGUAGCACUACCGCAACAUUCGUCGCACCUUUUCUCGCUUGGUCUGCGCACAAGACGCACCGGCAUCUACUUGCGAAAAUUCGGAAAGCAAUACAGGAAAAUUUACAGUCUGAAAGAGUAGACUACUCUACAAUCACGAUCAUGCUGAGACUAAAGACGGGAGUUGCCUUGGCCCUUGCGGCUUUGCCCGUCGCCUCAGCCGUGUACUCGACGCCCAAUUCUCAGUGCGCUAGCCAGUGUGGCAAUGUACUUGACGCCACGCCAUACGAUGACAUUGCCUGCUUAGACAGCGAAUUCAACGGCAAUACGGGACAGAUUUUUGAAUCGUGUGUAAAGUGCCAGAUGAAUAGCACUUUUGCCAACGGCAACCAAACCGAUGCUAAAGCAAGCCUUUACAAUCUGCGCUACACACUUUCAACAUGUCUCUGGAGCGUCCCAACAGUCGAUCACCGCCUGGGAAGCAACCCAUGUACAACAAGCAAGGCUUGUGGUGUCUUCCAGGCUGCCAUGACAUAUAACAAUGCCUCCGUCAAGACGCAUGGAUAUGAAUACUGCGACUUGUGGCCGACGACUGACGGCCCCGACUUUGCUGGGUGUGUCGACUGCCUCCAGGUUGUACCUGAGACACGCUACUUGUCAAACUUUGUCACUAUGCUACAAGCUGGCUGUGAGCAACGGCCAGCGCCCGGUGUUCAGGUGGCUGUCAGUGGUGAUAUCUUUUCGGAAACCAGAGCCAACGUCAGUACUCCGCACCCACGCAUUACUAUUGACCCGUCUUGGUACGACCAAGGACCCCUUUCACUCCCCGGUAAAGUUGGUAUUGGCAUUGGUGGAUUUGUCUUCCUACUCGUGGUGGCCGGCUUUCUCAUCGUCUGCAUCGGUAAGCGACGACGACGAGCUUAUCUACGCCAGCUGGAAGCCAAGUAUGCUGCUCGAGGCUGGCCCUCGCCUGGUGGCCAAGGUGAUGCCUUUGGAACCCCUAUUAGCCAGAGACCUUUGAACGGCUGGCAAGAUUCACCCAUGGCUGAGACUCCCAACAGACAGUUUCCUCGUUAUUUCUCGCCGUACAGCUCCCAGCUCAACAGCCCUGCCACUCCGGGGCAACACUUUGACAUGGCGUGGCCAGAGUCUGCACUUCCCAAGGGACAUUCCUUCUCUCCCAUCUCUCCUCAAGAACAGGCUGUUGGCCUUUGGCAAACUCCUGCAUCGCCAGAGGAUAAGGGCAAAAGUGUGGCAGAAUCCUACGAGAUGAACUAUGUUGAGCCCGCCUCUCGAGAAGCACCAGUCCUUGGACACCCAGGCUUCGGCCGCAACUCUACAACACCUCCAUUGACUUCUAAUGGGACUCCUCAGGGACAUCACAUGGAGGUACACGCCAUUUAAAAUUAUUUUCCUCUUUUUUUGCAGCUUGAUGCUGUUUUGUACUAUGCGAUGACACGGCGUUUUAUCAUACCAACGGAUUGAGACGGCCUCUUGAUUUUACUAAAAGAUAGCCUCGACGGCAUGUGUGUAUAUGAAAAAUUAAUUUAUUAUUUCCCAACAAUUUAUACCCUCUAUUAUAAAAC